AACUAAACAACUUCCUCCUUCUCGACCCUAUAUAUCCUCUCAAUGACACUCCAGAGGUGACCAGGCGCGACAGACUCGCGACUACGUCAACCACACGGGAAGCACUCCAAUAUGCGCGAGUUCAUGAACUACAUCACCAAUGCCUUCUACGGCGCAACGGGGUGGAACGAAGACAACAAGUACAACGAGCUGAAUGCGACAUCCAGAGAACUUAUCGACUUCCCUCUGCCCCGUGGCUUGCGCCUGACCCUCUCCUCGCUCGCAACCCCCCAUUUUGCGACAAGCUACCAACUCGGCAGUGUUGGCGUCGUCGACGGCUCGAUAUCAUACCUACACAGCUCCAUUCCCCUGACCCAUAUCGCCGCCCAGUCCGACAAGAUCCCGCUCCCCGCUCUCCUACGAUGUUACCGCCGUCUACAUGACCUUCGCUCGCCCGGCCAACACUACAUGCUCGAUGCCGAUCCGUUGUCUGGGCUGCCGCCAUCACCACAAAGCGCACAAGCACUACUAGGCGCAGUAUCAGAUGCCGCUGUGGCUAAUGGGACGCUGGCUGGAGGGAAAACCGAUCAGGAUCCAAGCAAAUACACACACUCUCUUCUCUACGGCCGUCUGUAUCUGCCCAAGUCACUGCUCGAGGGCAUGAUCAUCAAGCGCUUUACCCAAGCGCUUCAGGUCCAAGUAAGAGCCGUCAGUGAGCAGUCCUUAAGGAAUGGCGGAACCAUCCUGGGCUUGGUGCAGUAUGACAAGGGCAACUAUGGUCUCGAGGGUCUAUACUCGACCGACGGUGGUCUGCUGGGUUUCCGCGGUCUUUAUAACUUUGGCGGCGACGCCUCUUCCUCGACCUGUGAUCCCUGGACACCUGCGCCAGGAGAGAACAGCAUCAACGGAAAUGGCCAGGCCGGCGAGAAGGAGCGCAUCUACGGUCGCUUCAGCGUCGGCGGAGAGCUCUACUACGGAACCCUGAACAAGUCAGGCGGCAUGUCGCUCGGUGCACGCUUUGUCACCCUGCCAGCACACCGGGGAACACCGCUGACCGCAACCCUGACCAUAAACCCACUCAUGGGCAAUAUUAACGCCACCUAUGCCCUCCUAGCCCGAGAAUACUGCUCGCUCGCAACGCGGGUCGAGUUCAACGUAUAUAGUUAUGAAAGCGAGUGGGCGGUAGGUAUGGAACUCUGGAGUAAUCGUAGACCAGCCGGCUUCCUGCUCGGCGCGAGCCCUUCCAACGAUCCCGAGCCGGAACCACAGCCCCCCAGGAAGAAGGAGAGGAGUUUCCAGGCGAAAAUGGAAUGGCGACUGGAUGAUCCUGAGCCCGAACCCGAGCCUGCUCCCAAGAGCGAAUCAGACAAGAAAAAGAACGACGAGUACAAGGGAGUCCUGAAAGCUCGCCUUGACAACAACCUCCGCAUUGGGUUGCUGUGGGAAGGAAGGGCCAAGUCCCUUAUCUUCAGCCUGGGAACGGGGAUCGAUCUGCAUAAAUUGGGUGAACCCUUUAGGAGCCUUGGCCUUGAGGUUCAGUACUCUUCUUGAUCGUCGUGGUAAAACCUGGGACGACGAACAUCUUAAUCCAACAACAUUAUCCGUACAGCUGUUCUUCAGACAAACCAAGCUUC